AUGCCAAAACACAGAUUACAUCUAUUAAUUCAUUCCUUUUUGAAUGCUAAAAAUCUAUCCAUCUAUCUAUGCCGGUGCCUAUCUAUCUGUCUAUCUAUCUCUGCUGAUUUCUAUUUUUUUAAGAAAUCAAAUAAAAAUAUGAUUAGCUCCAUCUUGAAAAAAUUAUUUACUCUUUUUAUCUAUCUAUCUAUCUAUCUAUCUAUCUAUCCCUGCUGUUUUCUAUCUAUCUAUCUAUCUAUUUAUCUAUCUAUCUCUAUAUCUAUCUAUCUCUGCUGUUUUCUAUCUAUCUAUCUAUUUAUCUAUCUAUUCUAUAUCUAUCUAUCCCCUGUUGUUUUCAUUCAUCUAUCUAUCUAUCUAUCCCCUAUAUCUAUCUAUCUCUAUAUCCAUCUAUCUAUCCCUGCUGUUUUCUAUCCACCAUUCAUUUAUAUCAUCUUCCAUCUAUCUAUCUCUAUAUCUAUCUAUCUCUAUAUCUACUCAUCUAUCCCUGCUGUUUUCUAUUCAUUCAUUCAUCUACCCAUCUAUUCAUCUAUCUCUAUAUCUAUCUAUCCCUGCUGUUUCUAUCUAUCAUUCAUCUAUUCAUUCAUCUAUCUAUGCCAACUCCUAUCUAUCUAUGUCAUUAUAUUCAUAUCUAUCUAG